UGUUGUGUGUGCUGCAGUGACAAUGGGAGCUAAUGUGUGACAGUGCAUGUAGGGGUGGGGAAAAGAGAGGGAGGGAGAGAGAGAGAGAGAGCGAGAGAGAGAAAGCGGAUAGCUAGAAACAGAUAGAGUGUGCACAAGAGGCAGGAGGCGCUCCCUCUAAUCCCGGCUGCGACGCCAAACAGCAUUGCACCGGCUGCUACAAUAGUCUUAAUGGAGGCUCAGGCAGACUCUGGUGCUGCAGAGCCACUUAGAGACAGAGAGUUCCAGAAGCUUCUGAAGUCCUCCAGCUCUGCCAGUCUCACCAGUGAGGCAUCCCACAAUGCCUCAGGAGAGCGUGUUGGGACCCCAGCACAUCAUGGCAGCCAGGUGCUGAUCAAUGAGAAACGACAGCCUCUCAGCAGUGUGUCCUCUCUGGAGGUACACUUUGACCUCCUGGACCUGACGGAGCUCACAGACAUGUCUGACCAGGAGCUGGGGGAGGUGUUCGCUGAUUCAGAUGAGGAGAAUCAAACAGAAUCCCCAGCAAUUCACCCCGCAGAUCGACAGCAGCCACCAUUACCUAGAUUUCCACACAGUGGUUACGUCCGCUCACCCUCCUGGACCCGUGGUGGAAAAGGGGAACAGCAGCCAAGAGAUCGAAAGCACCACAGUGACUCCGAAAACACAGAGCCAAUGCUGAAGAUAGAGCGCUCCCAAUCCCAGCAGCCUUGAGUCAGGGGCAGCUACAGGGGCUUAGGAAGAAAAAAAGCCCUUGUGCUGAAUGUGGAGCUUCCUUCUCAAGCAAGAAGAUGAGGAACUCUUGGGAUAAAAGGACAUGGUCAUCCCACUUAAAGAUAAUGCAAUCCCUUUGUCCAUUAUAGACAAGAAGAGAGCUCCAAUAAGCUGCAGUAGGUGUAGACUCUUCCUCAAGAUGGAACAGACUUCAUCCAACUAGGAUUUUGGGACUCCUCUUUGGGACCGAGUUACUUUCAGUCUUCUCCACGUGACUACUGCAUAUGGAGAACUUGCAGCAUGAUGUAGCAUUAUGGACAACACUGGUUCAAGCAAUGUGAAUCUAAAGAGCAACUGAGGAAUUCCACAGUGAUUUGAAUCUUCAAGGAACUGUUUAAGGAACAGUGGAAUGUGUCGAAGCAGCAACUGUGAUAAGACAUUUCCAGAGAAUCUACAGCAUAGUUCAAGACAUGGCAAUGUAAAGAGAGAAGUUACAAUAAUUCCCCAAAAAGUGUCCUUUGAGGAGAUUCUGCAUGAAAAUAGGGAGACCCAGAAACAAAGUGAAAUAUCUUGUAAAAAAAUUCAUGCCUAAGGCCUGAAACAUACCCUACACAAGUACAUGAACGCAGACACUUUGAGAAUUUGUCAGAACGGAAUUCAUAUUGCAGCAUAUUGCACUGCGUUCUCAUCAUUGCAGACAAGAGGGUGUUUCUGCUAGUAUUAGUUUAAGCCAGUGAAGUCCAGUCCUGUUAUGAAAGGCCACCUUCCUGUGGACUUUAUCUUCAACCUGUCCUAACACAUUGGAUAGGACUGGAUAACCCUGCAUAAGCACUCUUCUAUGGUCAGUUUUAUCCCGUAAGGCAGUGUUUCCCAACCCUGUUCCCGGAGGCACACCAACAGCACACAUUUUCAAACUAUUCCCAAAUGCAAUACACCUGAUUAAAUUUAUCAGCUCAUUAGUAGACACUGCUAGACCUGAACGGAUAGGUCAGAUAAGGGAUACAUCCAAAAAGUGAUGGUGUUGGUAAUGUUGGUGUGCUUCCACACUUGGUGUGUUAGGAAAUACUGCUGUCAUGUUGGAACAUCAGUUUAAAGAGUAUAAUGCUGAAUGUGUUAUUUUAAUUUUGACCAACUUUUUGAUGGUAGUGAUCACCCCCUUGAGUACUGAGGUUUAUUACAGCCACAGUAACACAAGAACGCACAUUAAAUAUGUACAGCAGGACCACCCAAGCAUUCUGACUUGUGUAGAAUAUGUUUCUGGCCUAACUUACUGAGUACAGCACUUGAAUGGAUAAAAGGGAUAAUAAUCUUUUAGCAAUAUGUUUUUUAACCUCUCUGUAUCAUUAAAUGUCAUUAAUAAUUUCACAUCAAGAUAACAUUCAAAUCACAGUCCUCAGUUGUGAUCACCGGUGCACAGCAGGAAAAUAUGCCCGAUCCACAUAUAAUCCUAAAAGAGAAAAAAAGCUAUUGGGUGUCAAGUCCAAAUGCAAAUUCCUAAGAGUAAAAUUUUUUACAAAUUUCUGAACUCCUAUCAAAAAGUUGUACUGUAUAUGUCACCAGGGUUAUUACAGGGUUCAAUGAUGUCAAGCAUGAUCUAUACACAAGGUCACAUCGGAGAAGAAAUUUACAAACUACCAGAAUCAUUAACAAGUCUGCCAAAUCAAGGAGGACAAAAAACUA